AUGUCUUUCACAGAGAAGGUGUCUCCUCACUACUUCAAGGUGUUCUGCAAUGAUUCACCGUGUAUUGUGGACACAAGGACAUCUGUUUAUGAGAUCACAAGCGUGAGCGAACACGUGCCGUAUUCGGGACUUGAGAAGAUGUUCGAACUUCCUGCACCAAUGGCGAAUCUGCUAGAUCGAAUGCGGAGUAUUUGCCUUGCCUACGAGCAUGUUGAUGAUAAACCGCUAGUGUUGCUUCUAAGUGGACCAAGUGGGAGCGGUAAACGACUGCUCGCUACUCAUUUGGCGAAGGAGAUUCACCGCAACAUUCUCGAAGAGAACAGCUAUAGACUCUGGGACGAGUCAGUCGACAAAAUGGAGACCAAUAUAAAAAAGGUUUUUGAAGAAGGUUGGUAA